AUGAGCGAACAGGAUUCACCCGUGUUUCCGCCCAACUUCUUCGAGAGCUGCCCAUGGAGCAUCCAAAACGAUUUCCAAUCUCUGAAGGAGGUUGGGAAGGGCAAGGACACAGUGAUCUACAGCGCAGUGUGUCUGCCCCUGGGAAACAAGAUUGUGGCCGUCAAGAUCUACGACAAGUCCCGCCUGGCCUCUACGAAAGUUAGAGCCAUCAAGCGAGAAGUGGCCAUGAUGCUAUACUUUAUGCGGCACAGGUACCCCAACGUCGUGGAAUUAUAUGGAGCCUUUGAGGACGAGUCACGCUACUUCAUCGUCAUGGAGUACUGCUCAGUUGGCACCGUAGAGUACAUGGCUCCGGAGGUGAUCGCUCUGCCGCCCGUGGAUGCCGUGGUGAGCGGCCAAGUCCGGGCGAGUGAGAUCCCACCAAACACAGAGAAGGUCGACAUCUGGGCACUGGGCGUCACAUUCUUUGAGCUCGUCACUGGUCGUCUGCCUUUUGAAGGCAAGGACAAGCUGGAGAUCAAGACCAACAUCACUGAAUACAGAAUGUCAGGUUUUGGUCCGCAUGUCUCCGCCCAGUGCCAAGAUCUGAUCCGGAGCAUGCUGGCCUAUGACCCGGCGGAUCGACCCUCCGCUGAGGAGCUCCUCCAGCACUCCUUCCUAGCCCUGUACAGAAAUAAGGGUGCGGCCCCAGCCUUCGAAAGCAGCCUCGGGGGAAGCAGCUCGCCGGGGCCCAGUGUGCGCUUGGGCCGGCUGAAGUCCUGGAGUCGCGCCAGCAGCACCGUGAGCAGCAAGGCAGGCCGUUGGGAGGAAAGGGGGGCAUGA